AUGCCUAUGACCACUUACGUAAUACAUUUUAUGGAUUGUCCUGGUGGAUACUGUUUGUCUCACCAUGUUUGUGUAGAACGUAAAUGUGAAUUGGAUCCAUUGGCACCUCUUGACAUUUUCCUUAAUCGCUAUAUUCCAUCUACUUCUUCUCCAAUUACAUGUUCUGCUGAAUGGACAAAAAAUGAUAAAUUGAAUGCAUGCUAUAUUGUUAGAUAUGGUUCAUACGAUUACCAGAGAGGAAACGAACAUUGCAUUUCUCUAGGUGGACAUCUUGCUUCAGUUCAUUCAUCUGAAGAAAUGUACUUCAUAAACAGUAUUGCUGGUGGCACCACUUACUGGAUUGGAUUUCAUAAUGAUGGAAGUCAAAGAUGGGAUGAUAGUACAGUGGUGAACUACACGAAUUAUCGCAGAACUCAGCCAGAUCAAUGUUGUCCUAGAGCAGCUGCUUUUUGCACACUCGUGAAUUUUAUUGGUCACAAUGGUCAAUGGGACGAUGCAGGCUGCGACAGACUUUGGGUUCAUCAGAUAAAUAUUGUCUGUAAAAAGUUUUUGGCUUGA